CGCUCUGAAGUCUAAAGCCCUCUUCGUUCUUACCCUCCUGUGACUUGUGUGUGAUGUUUAUUGUUGUAAUGUUAUCAAGACUUACUGCAACUGUGUAGGGUGGAUCAACUUUAUAUUUUUUAAAUUUCAUGUAUUUUUCACAUGAAGGAACGAAGAAAUUCAGAAAAUGGAGUUGCCGAACCUUAAUCCUAAAUUUCUGGAAGAAGUGAAAUAUUUUUCGACUGGCAAUCUAAGUGAAACGGUUCAAUCACUGCUCACUAAUGGAGGUUCGAAGUCAUUUAAAUAUGCAAGUGAUAUGAUGACACAUUGUAUAGUUGGUGAAAAUGCUGACACCAGUGCCAUUGAAGAAGUUAGAGACAUUUUUGAGAAACCAGUUGUUAUAUCACAUUGGGUUCCAUUGUCAGCUCAUGCAUCAAAACUUUUACCAGUUCCUCCCUUUGAUCCCAAAAUCCCUGCAAUUUUCAAAGGAGUGAUUGCCAGUGUUUCCCAGGUUUCAGCAAAAGAUGUGAAGAAACUAUGGGCUUUAUUAGAAAUUCAUGGUGGAAAGUUAAAACCUUCAUUCGAUUCUACUUGUACACAUUUAGUUUGUGCUAAAGCGAGUGGUAGCAAAUUUAAUGAAGCCUUAAAACAUGAGUCGGUAGUAAUUGUUACUCCUGAUUGGAUCACCCAAUGUAUUAUGGAAAAAUCCUUGGUUGGAUCUGAAGGCUAUCAUCCAUCUCUGUUAAUAGAGCCAAAGGAAAAGUCACCACCUCGACCCCCAGUUGAAGCUAUAAAGCACAUCAAAUUGUCUUUGGAAAAGAAAGAGGAAGUGAAAUCACGAAUUGAAGAACCGAAACCAAUCGAAGUAAAAACUACAGAAGUUAGAAAUCUACACGAGUCUUCAAUAGUAGUGCAGCAGCCGCCAGCCCAACCGGAAGUGAUAAAUCGCCCUACAACUCCCAUUACUGCACCACCGUCCACAAAGAACAUGCGGAUUGCAUCAAAUCUUCCACCUCAUCUAGAGCAGCAACUUCAACAGCAUUCUAUGAUGAGAAACACGGCUCCGAGACAACAACAUCAAGGUGUGGGGGCUCAUUCAGGCGUUAGAAUGGUACGUUCCGGAAGUGGGACAACAUGGAGAGGAGCUAGCCAACAACAAGCAGCUCUUCAGCGAUCUGCGGCCGGAGUAGACCAACGACCUCAACAACAGACAAUCCAAGGAGUGCGCUUGGGAUCUGCUGUUCAUCAAAUUCGAGGACAGGCACCCCAAUUGGUUCAACAAGGUGUCAAUAACCAAUCGCAACCUGGUAACAAUCAGCAAACCGCGCAACAACAGCUUCCUGGCAUGGUAAGGCAAGUGAGACUUGUUAACCCGAAUGCCCAGUCACUGCAGCAGCCCUUGAAUCAAGAGCAGCUUCAGCGAUCAGCCGAAGUCAAUGCACAGCAACGUGGUCAAACGAAUAACCCCAACUCCUACCAACAACCUCAGCAUCGCCUUCCAGUGUCUCAGUCACCACAGAUAGUGAAAAUGGUAGUAUCUCAGUCUCAAACUGAUGGAAAACUUCAAAAUCAUCCUCAGCAACCCCCCGUUUCAUCACCACUGAUCAAUCAACAACAACCACAGUUCUCAAAUCUAUAUUCUCAAAACGGACAACAGAUUCAGCCUGUGGGUCAGCAGCCUGUCUCUGGUCAAGCCACUCCUCAACAACAACAACAUCACUUUCAACAAGUAACCGAAGAUAACGCUAAUGUUGCAGGAAAUAACGCCAACGUUCAGUUGAGACAGACAGUGGAUAACUCUUUCUCAUCUGUUCAAAACCAAAAUAAUGCCUUUGCGCAGCAACACCAGAGAACAAAUACACGGAUGCCUAUGGCUGGGAACAUUCAACAAGGCGGUCAGGUUCCACAGCAGACAAUAGUCCGCACACAAAUGAUUCAGCGACAGCAACAUCCUCAACAAGGACAGGCUGCACCUCAACAGCCAGACUAUUCUACGCAGAUGAUGGCGACUGGUGUAGGUACUGUUACUACUGGCGGUGGCAGUCAAGUGCAAGGGGUGGUGAAUCAACAAAUGGGAGCUAUGCCCCCUAAUCAGCAGCAGCAGCAGCAACAACAACAGCAAGUUUAUAAUCCAAAUAUUAGACCAAAUCUUCGGCCCACGAUACCUGUCCAGGCAGCUGCAGGCAAUGUAGGCCGGCCAUCACCUAACGGAGCUGCCUCACCUAUGGUUCAGCAGCAACAACCUCAGACUCCUGUACAGCAAGUUCGUCCACUGUCGGUCUACCAACAGCAGUUGCUUCACAUGCACAUUCAAAAUAUGAGUCCUCAAGCGCGGCAGCAGUUGCAGCAAUUGACUCCUCAAAUGAGACAUGCAGUGCUUCAGAGAAUCCUGCAACAACAAGAGCAACAACAGAAUAUGCACCAGGCGCAAACUCAACCUCCAAAUUCAACUCCACAAAUGCAAGGCCAACCGCCAAAUCAAUCUCCACAAAUGCAAGCUCAACCACCAAAUCAAACGCCGCAGAUGCAAGCUCAACCGAACGGACAAAUGAUUGCGAACCAGGGACAGCGAAUGAUGUUAGUUCAGCAACCACAAGGAAAUUGGCAACCGGAUCAACAACAAAAUCAACUUGUACCCCCACAACAACAAACCGUUCAACAGCAAAACGUCCGACCUUAUGGUCCGGCUCAAGGCCUAAUUAAUCAACUAAAUCAGGGUCAAGGAGUUAAACCAGCACAAGUUCUUGGAGUAAAUCAACAAUCACUUGACCCGCAGUUGGUAUCACCCCAGCUACAACAAAUUCAACAACAGCAACAGCUACAAUCGCCAUUGAAUCAAGUGCAACAGCCAACCUCUAUGGGUGCAGUGCCUAUUCCGCAGCCUAAUGCAGUACAACUUAACCAAAUACAACUACAGCAGCAGCAGCAACAACAACUUCAACAACAACAGCAGCAACAACAACAGCUUCAACAGCAACAGCUCCACCAACAGCAUCAACAGCAGCAACUCCAACAGCAGCAGCUCCAGCAGCAACAGCUUCAACAAGAUCAACCAACUAAUUCAGUCAACCCUAAAACUAAAACUGCCUUAGCAAACCUUCUAAGCACAAGGCUUCAAACGGCGCCGGGCACGUCCCAGCAACCUGGAACUCCUCAAACGUCUGGCCAUCCACAACAACCAGUCGUUAACCAACAGCCAUUGAUUCCUCAGCAAACCAUCGUUGCACAACAACAGCAACCCAUGAUACUACAACAAGCAGUAGCGUCCCAACCUAAUGCCGGCCCUGUUCAACCGAUAAUGAAUCAGCAGCAGCACCAUAUUCUGCAGCAACAGCAACAGCGAAGAAGCCUUCAAAACAUAACCAAUGGAGCUGGAGUUAAUGCCGGUCCAACAUUGACUGUUGUCAAUUCCCCAGCUCAAACAAUUAAUCAGCAGCAGCCAAAGCCUGGCAUGGGAGCUGUUUCGUUCACUGGGGUCCGUAUGCCUGGACCAGCAGGUACAGUGAUUCCCGGUCAACCUGUUAUACGCCGGGAGUUUCCGGUCCAGCAACAGCUUCAACCACAACAACAGCAACUUCACAGUCACGAGCCUGGUGUGAAAUUACCCGAACAUCUCUGUCUAUUGGGCUGUAUUGUAUUGAUUGUCGACUACCAGCGAAGUGUCUCAUCCGCUGAACUGUUGCAGUGGACUAAAUUAAUGUCAUCUCGAGGUGCCGAAAUCGAGACCAUGUACAGCCCUCGCAUCACCCAUCUCCUGUGCGAGACAAGUCGUUCAGCUGUUGCUCAACAAGCCCUUCGGGACGGAAAGCGACUGGUAACAGCGUUUUGGCUCAACGACGUGGUCAUGAAACAACACAUGUUUCCACCUUCACAGGUGUUGCACUUUCCAACACCUUUCGGUGACGCCGAACGCCCGUGUCGUAAUAUGCUGGUUAGCUCGUCGGGAUUCGAAGGCGACGAUCGGCAACGAGUUCGCUUCAUGUGCGAAGCUGUUGGUCUCAAGUAUACGGGCCACUUUAGUAGUCAACACGAUGUGCUGAUUUGUCGCAAACCGGAGGGUCCGAAAUUUCAAAAAGCUCGCGAAUGGCGCAAGCCAGUUGUGACCACUAGCUGGAUAGCCCAAGUUUAUUUUGGCUUCCUCAAUGCAAUCCAACAGAUUCAUCAUCCGAAAUAUCAGCAGUUUAAUUUACCUGCUUACCAGCAGGACCCGUUAAAAUUUGAAUUGAACAUGGCGGGAAAUUUUCUAGCAGCGUGGCGGAUUCCGGUGAAGAUCACUCCGGAGUCGCUUGAUAAGUUUAAUAAGUUACCAGCACAACUCCGCCUUAAAAGACAUUCCAGCACACAUUCUGCUCUAGGCAAUGACGGAGAUAGCCCGUCGAAAAAGAAGCUAAAGAUUGAAGAAGAAGAUAGAGACAAACACGAAAGAAGCAGCAGUAAUGUGGAUGCAAUUUUAGAAGAUGUCAUCAAAGGAGGAUGUGAAGAUAAGGGAAAAAAUCGAGUGAUCAUCAGAUUUUCUGGAUUUGAUUCGGCUGAAGUAUCGAAAGCAGCGCUGAAGCUUGGUGCCGGUGUGGCUCAUAAUAAUCGAGAAGCAACUCAUUUAGUCAUGCCAACUUUCAUGCGUACUCCUAAGCUACUUUGUUGCAUCCCAACAGUAAAAUUUAUCUUGUCGCCUCGUUGGAUUCACGAGAGUAUCCAACAAGGUAAGCUGUUGGAGGAACAGCCGUAUUUGCUCAAAGAAACAGAGCUGGAACGCAAAAUGGACAUCGAUCUAUUGAAGAUACUCUCGUCACCUCAGCGAGACCAACUUUUCAAAGGCAAAAUGUUUUACAUUACACCUAGCGUCGUGCCCAGUCGAACGGUUUUGCGCGAGAUCGUCGAGUGCAGCGGCGGGAAAGUGGUUGCCCAACCCAAGUCGAUGAGGGCGAUUUCAGAGCUUACACAAAAAGAUGAAAACGGUUACAUCAUAGUUUCUUGCACCACGGACCUUCACCUUCUGACUGAGGUCAUGAAAAGUAAAGUUGGGAUCUAUAGCAGUGAAUUUAUUCUAAGUGCGGUACUUAAACAGGCAAUAAUUGGUGCACCGUUUCGCAUUGAGCCUUGAAAGCCAGAAGAAUUGAAAACGACACAGAUAUAAAUUUAGCUGAUAAUUUAGCUUCGUGAAUCCCUGCAAUAUAUUUUUCAUUUGUUCAAUGCAUACUGAGUUUGAAAAAAAAGUACAUUUAAGAAUACCACUCCUUGUUAUUUCUCUGUGGUGCAGUGGUGACAUGUUCAAAUAAGUUAGUGUAAUAUUGCAAUACAAGACUUUGUAUAAA